AUGGAGUGGAAUGGUCCGUAUUUUAUUAAUGUAUAUUGGAGAAGUAAGUAUGUUAUAGAGGAUGAUACGAUUAGAACCUUUGAUAACAGAGCAGAUGGCACAUUAUUUAUUGAACAGAAAUUGUCAUAUUCUGAGUUUUUCGCCAGAAUUUGUGAUAAAGCCGGAUGGGAUAGAUAUCCUGUGAAUUUGAGAACUACAUUGUUGUUUGAAACUAACGGUAUUAGAAGGACCGCGACAAUCACUGAUGACUCGUCUUUGGAAAUUAUUUAUUAUUUUCCUGGAUCAUCAAAUUUGGAUCUGUAUGUAGAAAAUGAAGGGAUAGUUCAUGCCCAAAGUUUACUGGAUCUUUCUGGACAAACGAUGGGUCCUUUUGCGUCCCAACAACAAUGGGGCAGUACUUUCUAUCAACAUACAGAAGGAGGACCGAACACAUUUUGGUCACAGUCACAUUGGGCGAGUACUUCUCAACAAAACGCAGAAGCAGGGCUAAGCAGGAGCAGCGAGGAUCGAUUCGUUACCGAGGCUCAAGGCAGAUAUGAAAAUAAUGGACGUGAUUCGGAUCAGGAUGAUGAAUCAGAUGAGUGCAUAACCAGAAAAACGGAAACCCCACCUGGCCAAUCAACUUGUGGAUGGAGGAUGCGUGCGUUUCGUAAGCCUCAUGGUCCUUUUGAAAUUGUAAACUGGACAGAUCGACACAAUUGUGUGGGACGUACCACAGAAAAUGACAAUCGCAAUAUAACAGCCGGCGUGAUUGCCAGACUUAUAAUGCGUAAUGUUGAAACAGACCCAGAUUAUUUAGUGAGGUCAAUAAGAGAUGAUGUGAAGAAACAUUAUAAGGUGGAUGUGAAGUACAAGAGAGCAUGGCAUGCAAGAAGAAAAGCCAUCGAAGCGGUGUGGGGCAAUUGGAUCGAUAAUUUUACCGAAUUACCAUGUGCAUGUCUCGCUAUGCUUUACAAAGGUCUUUGUAAGACAGCACAAAGCAAAAAUUGGAAUGUUGGUGGUUGCCUACUUCUUUUGCAGCUGUGGGCGUGGGAGCGUAUCCCUGUGAUACGACCACAGAGGCAAUGUGAUGAAGAAUUUUUCAAGGACCAUGCGUUUGGUGCAAGGUGGUGCGUUCCUUUGGGCCUUUCUGGGGUACCGGCUCAUACUAUCACUGCCUACCGAGAUCAAUUUUCAGCUCUUACUACACCUAAUCAUAAGGGCACUUUGAAUGACAUUCUCAAGAAGGUCGAAACGUACAAGGCUGAGAAAUGCUGUUCAAAUGCGACAUGUGAGGAAUUUUCUGAUUCAAUCUCUGCUUUGGCUGAGAAUGCCUUGUCGAUUGUCCCGACAGAGAUGCCUACUUUGUAUCCAAGCCAAGUGGUUCUCCAAAUUCAACCUAAAAGACCCAUAACAGUUGCUAAACAUCGCAGGGCUAAUAUCCCUAAGGCUGGAAUUGGAGGAAGAAAGAAAGUAGUAGAAUCCAAUGAGUUCUUUGCAAACUUGUUUCAAACUCCAUCUCCCCAGGAACAAACUAUGUUUACUGGGGAACAAACUAUGUUUACUAUGGAGCAGGAACAAACUACUACGGAGCAAGGUAUUGAGAUUGAGGUGACCCCAACUAUAGAGCAAGAUGCUGAGUUUCAGGCAUCCCAAACUUUGCAGCAAUCCAGGCUACCUUUGGCAAAAAGAAAACAGGAUCGGAAACGCAGGCCACCUAAAAAGUAUACACCUUCUAGGUCCACGCCGCCAUCGCCGGAGGAGUAA